UUUAUCCCUCUGGCUAAGGCAGUGGUGUACACCUACCCCUCGUCCUGCUGCCGUCCAGAGGGGAGUGGAGCCGGCAGAGGCAGGUAGCAGCAGCCCCGGCUUGGUGGACGCAUCCGCCGCAUUCCUCCACCAUGCCGGACCCGGGCAAGAGGCGACGAGUGGAUGCUGUCGGCUCAUUCAACCUAUUAGACACCGGCAGCUCCAUUUAACUCCGCAUGUCAAAGUUUGCAUUUUCAUGACGCAGCAGCAGCAGUGUGGAUGGAUUAAAGGCAUGAGCAGGAUGCCGUGAGCUCACGACCCCAUGCCAUUUACUGGUAAAUUCACAAUAUACUGAGAGUGACUACAUGGAUUAAUAUAUUGGAGAGGAUACAUAAAACAUGGGAGACCUGGAGUGUGGCUUUGAGGAAAUGCAAGGGGUGAGACUUGGAUACCUGCUCAUCAAAGGCAAGCAAAUGUUUGCUUUGUCUCAGGUCUUCACCGACCUGCUGAAGAACAUCCCGCGGACCACGGUGCACAAGCGCAUGGAUCACCUGAAGGUGAAGAAGCACCACUGCGACCUGGAGGAGCUGCGGAAGCUCAAAGCAAUAAACUCUAUAGCUUUCCAUGCCGCUAAAUGCACUCUCAUAUCGCGGGAGGACGUGGAGGCUCUGUAUUUCUCCUGCAAGACGGAGCGGGUGUUGAAGUCCAACAAAAGGAAAGCGAAAGCGGUGUGUUCCCCCGGGGAUGAGGACGCGUCCCAGGGUCUCCUGCGUGCGGACGCCGAACUGUGGAAGGAAAAAGUUUGGUUUAGUUUGCACGGUGUCCCGGAGACUCUCACCCUUCACAACAAAACGAGCAGGAGGAGAGAGCUGACUCCUUGCCUUACCGACUCCAAACUACCUCAAUUUUACCACAAAACCCACGGACGGGAAUACCGUUCGGCGACCAAGUCCAGUCACAAACACUUUAAAAACUAUGAAACAGCUAAAAUAACAGGGAACCGUGUUACUUUGAGCCAAAGGCACUCGUUUUUCCGGAGCGCGGUGAGCCGGCAGCCGGUGGUGCUUCAGUCCGCCAUAGCUGCUCAGUCCAGGCUCUCGCGCUCAGCCGGCGACCUACUUCACAAAAGGAAGAGGAGGCGCGAGGGGGGCGGCGGCAGAGACAGCGCGAGGCACUCGUGGAGUAGGAGCAGACACGCGCACCACCAUGUACCACCGGUGCUGCUCGUACAACCCAAAACACCCGGCAGUCACCGGACCUCUUUUGGUGCUUUCCACCUCGGUCCGGAUUUUUAUCUUGACCCCAGACCUCACCAUCAUCAUCAUCACCACCACCAACAUCAUCAACAUCAUCACCACGAGCCGAAUUUCCCGGAGAGUUACAGCAGCGACACCGAGUCCAGCACCUACUCGGACCGGGCGUACCCCGACUCGGACUUUGGCUCCGGAUUCUCCACCACCAGCAACUCCGGGAGCUCGGAGGAGGAAGAGGAGGGCGAGGACGAAGAUGACACGCAGUCAGAGAGUUCAGAGGUCAGCACAGACGAGGAGGAGAGCUCCUCUCAGUCCGACUCAAGCUCCGUUUCUAGCCGUGUUUCGGUCCAGAGCAUCCGGUUCAGGCGGGCCCGGGUCGGUUCUAUCACCAAAACUCUCAACACCAGUAAAGCACCUUUGGUCCUGCAGCCCACGUUUCACUACAACAACCAGCAGCAACAAGAGAAGCAGCACAGGACACUGGGCCAUGUUGCUACUUCUCAGACUGAGGACAGGAGACAGGAGACGCGCCAGAAAUGUGAAUUUAUAUGCAGUGAAACCAGAAAGGGUUCGGGACCCUUACAGAUACCAAAAUUUAACCCAGCUGUUGUCGGGGAGAGCUUUUUCACGGAGUCUAAAAGGGAAAAGGCGUUUGAGGGUGAUCCAAGCAGGAAUGACCCCGUGGACAAACUGGCCUCUUAUUCACCGGGACCCAACCGGAAUAAGGCCUUUCACCCCUCACGCAGGACACCGGGGCAUCCCACCAAGUGUCCCCCGGGACUGAGCGCUCAGUGUGACCAGGACAAGCUCCACAAAUGUACUGACAAAAGGGAGACGAAAGCCACCAGCCUUAAACUGCCCACUCCACUGAAAAAAAUAAAGACCGAGGCGGAGGAGUCCUCUGUGACCGCCGCCCCCCACUCGGACAGCGGCUGGGCAGCCAAGACUCCACCCUUCUACCUCCACAAUGUGAAAGUUAAAGUGGAGGAAAGCUGUGAUGAAUAUGAAUACCAGAGCCAGACCACUGUAGUCAAAUGUAAAGGAGAUAAGGCAGAGAGCAACGGUGGCCAGUAUCCAAGUGGAGCCGUCAAACAGGGGGACUUUUUCAGCAGCGGGAUUAAAGCCACAGAGAAGAGCCCUGAUGUGGGCCCCACGUCCCCCUGUGGUCCCCAGGAAUGCUGGAGCAGCCAGGACACCCCUGGCAUCGAUGAGGGGGAGCACAGGAACAAAAACUGCAGGGCUCCAGUGCUCGGGAAUAAGAAAUCCCGAGCUUCCAGGGCGCAAACAAAACAAAACGUACCCAGGGCCAACAAGGCUGCCUCUUCCUCCUCCUCCUCCUCCACCUCCUCUGCCUCUUCAUCUCGUCCCGUGGGCUGCGAGGAGGUAUCCACAGAGGAUUUACCGAGCAGACGCAAACGCAGCAAUGCAAGCACCGUAGCAUCGCCUGCAAAAAUGCCUUUCAGCCUGAUGGCAAAUUUCCCAUCACCGCCGUCGCUGGUUGUUGGCAGCGACGGAGAUUUGUGCCCUGCUUACUCCCUGAACUCCCUGAGGGGGCCCGGGCCUCCGCCUCCGUCCCAUCCCGUGUGGAAGUGGCAGCCAGGCGGUCAGAUUCUCCCUCCCCCACACGCUCAGAGAACAAGGAAAUACUGAGCUGGUUUUUAAAAGGAAAAAAAAACCCAAAAAACAAAAGCGCCCAGCGUGUCCAUCUCCAACCUAAUCGCAGUCUUAACGUGAGCUCACUAAAUUGCUCGCAACUUCAUCGGUGUUUUUUUAAUUAUUAUUAUCAUUAUUGUUUUCUUUCCUUUUUUCAGUGAAUGGGUUUACAUUCCGCUUUGUUUUGAAGUUUGAUCGCGGAGAUCCCACAAGGUCCCCCUUUGGAGCCUCCGAAAACGCCCACAGGACUGUGAGACACCGCUCUUGGAUUUAUGCUUAAAAACUUGUUUUAAAUAAGCUAUCAAUCCUAAGCAAUAUGUGAGGUUUCUCAUUAUGGUGUUUACUUGACUUGUGUUCUGAUUAUUAUUUCUUCUUCGUGUUUCUAUGCUCGACCUGUUGGAUUGUAUGGUGCCAGGGUUUCAGUGGUUUGUGCUUUGUCUGAAGGAGGAAAAGGGGGGAAUAAAACCCCAUAGCAUUCCUUGAGAUGACUGUUAAUCUGGGAGAAAGUUUGACUUUGUAAAUCACAAAAAAGAAAGAAAAAAAUUCAGGGUUUGCCAUUCUGUGCCACUUGGUGUAUAUUUUAUAUAAAAAAGCUGUGUUUUCUUUCUGUUAUGCUGACCAGCUCGGCCACCGUCGCCCAUGUGUCCAAGUGUUGAGAGAAUUGUUAAAAAAGAAAAUGGCUUAUUAAUGUCUAUCUAUAGCUACAUACUCACGGUGGAGCCCUUAUUAGAUUUGACACGAAUUUAUUUCUGGUGGUUGUGGGAUUUUUUUCCCCGAGAGUCCUUGUGAUCUGGUUUUCAGUCUUGUUUUUAUUUCUGCGAAGUAUUUCCUGGUUUGCAAACGUGUGAGUGUGCACAGGACGCAGGGCCCGGACACAACACAGGCCUUAUGUACAGACAAUCAAAAGAAAAAAAAAUAAAAAUAAGGCUCAGACCUUCAGGACACAUUAGGUCCCAGGAUAGACUCGCGUUAAACGUCCCACUCCUGGUCCACAUGGCGACCAGUUUCCUCCGCAGACCAUAUUAUUUGUGGACUGUAUUUGCGUUUAGAACACCACACAAUAAAUGUAAAUGACAGAGAGAAUAACAACGUCCAAGAAUUGCUAAUGGGUGGGAUGUGAUUCAGGAGUCACAGAGGC